GGUUACACUCUUUGGCCAACUGUAAGGCACUUAAUGUUGCUGUUGCGGUUGUAACUGGUACAUGGCGAUGAGUGUCUACAUCAGUCUCCUGUGAGUUACUUGCUUGUGAGUCGGUUCUGGACCAAUCAGCCUAUUCUUGGCGCCCCGCUAAGAUUAAUUCCGGACGUGCAAAGCUGAGGACUAGUUGCUGAGGGGAAGACGGCAUGGGAGGAGGUCAUUCCAAACCUGAAUGCAACAACAGUAAGUCCAGGGCAGGAACCGUUACCUGCCCCACUGCUGAUGGUCCGUCUCGUCCCUUUCUUUGCCAAAACAGCAUACAGUAUUUGCUCUUGGCCUUUUUUGCUGGGGUCCUGCUCACGCUGCUGCUGUUGGCCCUUAUCUUCUUCAUCAUAAAGAGCUACAGGAAACGUCACUCUAGUCCCUGCGCCCUGGAUCCUCCCUUCGAUCCUCACUCUGGCCAAGAUCCUCCGGCCAAGCUUUCAUCCCCAGAGGAAGCACUCACCUAUGCUAGCAUGACUUUCCAAAUCGCAGAAAAGAAUCAUCACCUGACUGAGAAACAUUCUGCAGGCUUGGAUCCGGUUGUCUACUCUCAGAUCAAAGUGACAAACUCACCUGACCUUUCCAGUGAGGCUUGACGCCAGUCCCUCUUAUCUCAGCUCCGUCUUUAUAUAUCACUUUCCCUUUGGACAAAUUUGGGACCACAGCCUGACCAGACUACAGUUGGAGUUGUUGGGGUGUGAUCUGGCCAUGUUAGCCAGCAUGUUUGAAGACCAAGGGCCCAUCUUUCCCUUGGCCUGAGAAAAGAUUGCUGGCCCGGCCGCUUGAACGGACAGUCUGAUAGCCCUUCAAGGGCUGAGACUGCCUCGCUCGUCCCCUUUCGACGAGUGUGGUAGUACAGAGCUCAGGGCACAAAGAGUGUUCACUCAGGGCCGCUGAUCAGUUUGGGAGAAGUCAACCAACUGGGCAAGUUAGCAAGAAUUACAAAUAAAAGCAAACCCCCUGCAAAGCCGGCCCCUCCUGCAUCAUGCAUUUGUCUGUCCCCGUCACCUCCAAAGACGCAGAGCUCAUGCACAGCCAGAAGCCUAACAGAGGUGACGGGACUCUAGAUCAAGUUCAGGAUUGAUUGGGGCACAGGUCUCAAGCUCUGCACCAACUAGCUGCAUUCUUUUGGGUAAGUGUGUGAAACUUUUUUUUUUUUUUUAUUUUUUAAAAUGUUUAUUUUUGAA